ACUCCCUUGUCUUAUCCGAGAAAUCGCGCACGGGACUUCCACCGCAAUCACACGCAAAAAUCCCACCGCCUCCCUCCGCUCCCGCCGCGCCAUGGCGCCCGCCUCUCUCCCGCUCCCCUUCUCUGUCCCGUGCGCGCCCGGCGCCUCGCUCCCGCUGCUCGCCAGCCCCGGCCCCGGCGUCGCCGCUACAUCCCACCUUCUCGCGUCUUCGCGGAGCACAGGCCACGAGAGAGGGCCGGGCCUUGCGCUGGUCGCGGCCGCGGCACCGGGCGGGCGCCAGGGCGGGGGCAGGUGGAGGGCGGGUGUGUCGUCCUUCUUCUUCCUGCCGCCGUUUCUCACGGGGAAGGGGGAGAAGGACGCUGAGAAGGCGGAGCGGCUCAAGGAGGAACUCCUCGCCGCCAUCGUGCCGCUCGACCGCGGCGUCGAGGCUACGCCGGAGGACAAGGAGCGCAUCGAGCAAAUUGUUCAGCAAUUGGAAGCGGUGAACCCAGUGAAGGAGCCGCUCAAGUCCGAUCUCCUCAACGGGAAAUGGGAGCUUCUGUACACCACCUCGACAUCCAUACUGCAACCAAAUAGGCCAAAGUUUCUGAGGCCAUUUGGGAAGAUUUACCAAGCAAUCAACACCGACACUUUAAGAGCCCAAAAUAUCGAAACAUGGCCUUACUUUAAUCAGGUUACCGCCAACUUGGUGCCUCUGAAUCCUAAAAGAGUGGCGGUUAAAUUUGACUACUUCAAAAUAUUUAGUUUGAUCCGAAUCAAAUCGCCCGGAAGUGGUAAAGGUGAACUAGAAAUUACGUACCUUGAUGAAGAGCUCAGGGUUUCAAGAGGCGACAAGGGAAACUUGUUCGUACUGAAGAUGAUCGACCCAACGUACAGAGUCCCAUUGUAAUAAUUACUAGAUGAUAAUAUAUGACGCAACUCGUUCCAGAAUUAUAUAUAUUACUACUAGAGUUAGGUGCCAACCAUCCGAAA